GUCUGACCUGAAGGACGCCGGCAGAGGAGGCUGGAGGCAAGAGGGAACACAAUGCUCAUGAUAUAUCAGAUAAGGAUCCUUGUGACAUCCCCUCCCUCAGUUGUGAAGAUACCACGUCCUACACUCACUGUUUUAAAGAGUGCCUGAGGAAUGAGCGAGGCGUGGCCUGGAGAAGGUGUCGAGCUGGGGAGCACGGGACUCCUGCAGCCUGACCCGUGGUGCCCUUAGGUUCUUCGGGAUGAUGGCACAUCGUGGGUGUUGUGGGUGCUCUCCGCGUCUCAGUCUCCACCAGUCUUUCUCCUUAGUUCCUUUACUAUUCCUCGUCCUUCUAUGUGUUACCGGUGUUGCUUCUGAUGAUGCAACGCAGAGUCCGGCGGAGGGAGGAGGAGAAGGCGAAGGAGGCGAGAGCAGGGUGAAGGUAUUCAGUUUUCAAAGGGACACGACGAAGGCGGUGACGGAGGAAGUGUUUGUCCGCUAUAACUUCUCCCGUGACCCCACCGCUACUAUUGACGCUCUUACUGUCUGCUACUGGGUUAGGUUCGUGGUGUUUGUGGAGAACAACGUACACUUUUCCUACACCGCCUUCGCUGACAACCUGGACUGUAUCAGCGCCACCGCGAGGACUUGUUCUUCCUGUGGUCUAUCAACACCGUGGCCGAGGCGCAGCUGCCUGGCGGGGUGGUGCCUGAGGUGUGGUAUCAUGCCUGCCACCUCUUGGACUCCCAGGGGUACUCUUUCUACUGGCAAGGUGAGGUGAGUUACAUACACACAGGCCGCCACACACCCAGACAAACAGGGCCAGGAGGUAAGGGACUAUAUUCUGUGCCGGCCUCCAAUACUUUCGAAAGGCUCUUACUGAACGGACACAGGUUUUUGAAAUUUUUUAUGGUUUUCUAGUCACAGAUUGAUAAGGUUUCUAUAUUAUCAACAGGAGUAACACACUUAAAAACUCGGCUAUUCAUCUUUGUGGCUUUCGAAAAUAAUCGUGUUGAGAGUCCUCUUUAGAGGAUUUCAGACCAGCAAGCAGCUAAAAUCAACGUUACUCUUGACGGAAAACAGGAAAGAUGCUAAAAAAUAAACCAGUUAUGAAUCUUUUUUUGUGCCUGAUAAUGUUUUAUGAUCAGCGCUAUACCAUUCUUUUCUCCCUCUGUGUAGUCAUCUGAUAGCCACUGCUGGAUAAAGACGUGUUAAGACUUCUUGCUCCCUCCUUGUUAGCGAUCUGUUUAUAAACCACUGUGGAAGUUGCCUGCCCAGAGUGGCGCUCAUUGACAUGGUGAGCCUCGUGGUCUGACACAUGCAUUCCGAGACAGAAGGUGUUCAGCGGGCAGGCGCAGUGCAAGUGGCCAUUCCUCCUGAACGGGACCGUGGUGCUGGGCCAGGAGCAGGACCACGUGGGCGGAGGGUUCGAUGGUACACAGGUGUCGCGCGGAGACAUCACGCAGGUGUACAUGUGGGGACGCCUGUUGGAGCCCGCCACCGUGCGUCACCUGGCGUCGUGCGGCACGGCCCCUGCCCAGGAUGUACUCUUCUCCACAGAAACCUCACAAUUGGAGGAGUUCGGCACUCAGCAGGGUUGGCUGCAGCUGUCCAACCUGUGCAGGAAGCAGCCGUUCUACGCCAUCCUACCCGAGGAGAGGAGCCUGCAGGCGUCACUGCAGGUGUGUCAGGUGAUGGACGGCAGCCUGGCUCUGCCCACCUCCCCCGAAGAGAAUUUGCGCCUCACGCGGCAGAUGACGCCCUUCAGCGACCUGUGCGUGCCCACGGCGGUGUGGAAGCUGUGGCUGGGCACGCACAUGACGACGCCUGGACAUUGGGAGGGACUCCGUGAUGCUGAGCCGAUCACUUAUCAGAACUUCCGCCCUUCUUCCAGCACCAACAGUUCUGUGUUUGGCUGUGCAGAGCUGCGCCUCGACGGUUACUGGGAGCCAGACUACUGCAAGUCCAAGCGCUGCACCGCCUGCAGCUUUGUGCGCACCAGCUACCUCCACUUCCGCGGCCUGUGUUUUGACAAGGAGCUGGAGGCCAGGUUUAGGGUGGUGGGGUCGCCAGAGCGGCGGCCUGUGUUCUGGAGUCACCAGGGUCUGCUGAUCGUCUGGCGCGACACCCUCAGCAGGUGGCAGAUGGAAGACCCCAACAUCAACGCCACCUUGAUGUGGGGACUCGGGGUGGGCAGCGACUACCCGCUGGGUCGGCGCCAGUGGCGCCUGGCGCGGGAGAUGUGUGGCCAGCAGGAGGGCCACACGCUGCACGCCAGCCUGUCCCGCUGUGCCGCUGAGGAGUUCACGUGCUCCACCGGGGAGUGCAUCGCGCCGCACCUGCGCUGCAACUUCCACUACGACUGCCCGGACAACAGCGACGAGGCGAGCUGCACCAUGGUGGAGGCGAGCAACGACGCGCUGCUCAAGCAGGUCCCGCCGCCGCCGCCGCUGGGAUCCCCGCAAGGCGACAUCCUGCAGCUGCAGCCUUCCAUGACCCUAACGAGAGUGGCCGAAGUGAACGACCUCAGCAUGUCCAUCACGCUUGAGUUCAAGUUAACCCUCACGUGGAGCGACCCUCGCGUCAACUUCCGCCACCUGGGCGUAACCGGCAAGAAGGGUACGAUGCUCACCAAAGAGGACGGCGGACGACUGUGGCGGCCGCUGCUACGCGUAGCCAACCUGGAUGGCAACAGUCUGAAGGAGCUGGGGCGCCGCUUCCAGGCAAAGGCCAUCGCUCCCCCAACCCAGCCGACCUUCAACGACGUGGACACAGAUGGCAUCUACGAGGGCCGAUACGUGCACCUACAAUUGACGCAGCGAUUUCUGGCGCGGGUGGCGUGCUACUUGGAGCUGUACUCGUACCCGUUCGACCAGCAGCGGUGCGCCGUGGAGGUGCAGCUGGCGCCGGAGUCUGGUGGCGGGGCGGCGGUGCGGUUCUCACCCAUGGCUGAAGUGAAGUACACGGGGCCCGAGACGCUGGCCAUGUACACGGUGAAGCACGUGCAGCGCACCAACGCCACAGAGAACAGCCUGAGGGUGGAGUUUGAGCUGCACCGGCGGCAGGGCGUCAUCAUGCUGUCCACCUUCCUGCCGUCAGGGCUGCUGCUGCUGGUGAGCUGGGCCACGCUGUUCGUGAAGAUCAGCGAACUCAACGUGCGCGCCAUCAUGUCCCUCACCACACUGCUGGUGCUGUACACACUCUUCUCCAACAUGUCCAACUCGCUGCCCGCCACCGCCUCCAUCAAGCUCAUCGACGUGUGGUUCUUCUUCAUUAUCUUCCUGCUCUUCACCAACAUCGUGGUGCACAUCUGCGUGCGUCCCACCACCACGCCCACCACCACCGCGACGGAGGUGAAGGUGUUUGUGCCCACGCAGCCACAACCUCCACCAACAUGCCUGAGGCGCCCAGACUCCUGCGCUGGUACCGACUGGUCAUCCUACCGGUGCUAG